AUGGAAACCUCAAGGGCACCGUCCACCCCCGACGAGCCUCAUAACCCCUUCUUGGCACUAUGGAACAUGACAACUAAGCGAAUGAGAACUGCCUGUGGUCUAGUAGUUUUUCUAGGCCUGACAAUAUGGCUGUCCCUGCCAUCCAUCAAGACCAUGGCAGUUCCUCAAGUCAGCCUCCAAUAUGGUGUCCAGUCGCCAUUCAACCACUCAAAGGUCGCCCUCCUGAUCGAGAACCGUCCCAAUCCUAUACUAGCCCCCCUCAUGCUGCACUUCAUGGCUGUCGUACCCCCCGACUGGCGCUUCCGCUUUAUGGGCUCUGAGGCAUCCGUCGCGCAUAUCAACCAGUCUAUGGCUAUUCGCGAGCAUGUCAAUUCUGGUAAGCUUGACCUCACCUUCAUCCCGUCCAACAUGAGCACCGCCGGUCAGGAGAUGAUCUCCCGCUUCCUGACGACCCUGUGGCUCUACGAAACGGUCCUCCGUCCCGCAGAGUGGCUGCUUGUCUUCCAGACCGACAGCAUCCUCUGCGCCAACAGUCGCCACAACAUCAACGACUUCCUCGAAUACGACUGGAUUGGCGCUCCUUGGAACCCCUCCGGUCGCUGGGGUGGUAACGGUGGCCUGUCUAUCCGACGAGUCUCAGCCAUGAUCGAUGUCCUCCGUGAACAGGUCCGCGUUGACGGCACUGAACCCGAAGACGUCUGGCUCGCCGAGCGUCUCGCCCACCGACCCGGCGCUCGUGUUGCCAACGGCACCGUCUCCCUCACUUUCAGCGGCGAGAUGCACUCGGGCGAACACAUCAAAGUCGGCAGCGGCAGUGACGCCUUCAACAGCUCGCUCGAUGCUGCGGCUGAGGGGGAAUACGUCUCCGAGCUCGACAGCUGGCGCGACGGCUUCUACGAGCCUAUGGGCUACCACACCGGCGGCAGCGGCGUCAUGCUCCACGGCCCGAUCUGGGGCACGCCGGCCCUACGCAAGCACAUCUGGGAUUACUGCCCCGAGGUCAAGAUGACACUCGCCAUGGACGCCGCCGAGUACGUUCCCGGUGAGUGCAAUGCCGUCUGGCGACGAGACGGGACAAAGGAAGAGGCGGCGGCGGAACUGGACGCGCGGUAUCCGUUCGGCUCGGAGAUUAUUGAAGGGGAAGAGUAUCCUCUGUUGCCACCCGGCUUGUCCGCAUGGUGA